GUUAGGCCAACACAUGAGUUGACAAUCCACUCUAGCAAUUAGCAAUUGGAAAGGAACUUUUCAUCUGUUAGAAUCUGCUUAGAAUGUAUGGAAGCUCUUAAUGCUUUCAGCAAGUUAUACCAAGUAGUGAAACUAGGGAAAUUCAUCACAGCAUUUCCGAUUCAUACUAGUUCUUUUCAUUUUAAGUUUAAUCCUCAGUGGGGUUCUAGAAAGAAAAAUAGAAAUAUAAAGCUGAAAAAAUUGUAUUUGGGAGAAAUGGCUGAUCCAGAAAUAGAGCAAAUACUCUCACCUUUGAGGGCCCUAGUCAAAGAACAAGGUGACUUGGUGCGUAGCCUUAAAUCAGCUGGGGCACCAUAUAUUGAAGUGAAAAAAGCGGUGGCUGAAUUGAAAGCUCGCAAAAAAAUCCUAGAAGAUAAAGAACUUAGUCUAUCACCCAAUGUUACUUUUGAUAGAGCAAGAAUGGAAGAUUUAUUGAAACGAAGGUUUUUUUAUGAUCAGUCAUUUGCAAUAUAUGGUGGUAUAACAGGCCAGUAUGAUUUUGGGCCUAUGGGAUGUGCUUUCAAAUCAAAUAUACUACAAACAUGGAGACAGCACUUUGUUAUGGAAGAACAUAUGCUGGAAGUUGAUGCAGUUACUCUUACACCUGAACCUGUACUCAAAAAAUUUCGUAAAUAUCUUGUUGUGCCUACACCACCUCGUCGAAGAUGCGAAAUACUUCCACGUCAGGAAGAUGCAUGUUGGUGGACAUCAAAGCUCGGACGGCUUCGUAAACGGUUAGUCCGGCUCAGAAGAAUCUUGACAAGAGCACGCAAAUCUAAUAGGAAGGAUACUGAGGAAUGCUUUCUUGAAUAUAAGCAGGCAAGAAGAAAUUUGAAAAAAGAAAUAAAGAAAAGCAAAAAAUUAUACUGGCACUUCAUUCGUAUAUUCUUAGAUAGCAAUCCAUGGCACACUUCAUACAGAGCUUCAGGUCACGUGGAUAGAUUUGCUGAUCUCAUGGUGAAAGAUCUGAAAACCGGUGAAUGCUUCAGAUUGGAUCACUUAAUAAAAGCACACCUUGAACUUGUGUGUGCUGAUAAAAAGACAUCAUCGCAGUUGAAGGAGCAUUGUGAAGAUAUCGUAGUGAAGCUUGAUGGUAUGAAUAAAGAUGAAAUGGCUGAAUUGCUGAAAGAAUUCAAUAUUAAGAGUCCAUUGACUGGUAAUGACCUCACUGAGCCCAUCGAAUUUAAUCUGAUGUUUUCCACCCAAACUGGUCCUUCAGGUCAGACCAAAGAGUUUCUAAGACCAGAAACGGCCCAGGGUAUCUUCGUUAAUUUCAAGAAUUUGUUAGAAUUCAAUGAGGGAAAACUUCCAUUUGCAGCAGCGCAAAUAGGUCAUGCAUUCAGAAAUGAAAUAUCACCUAGAUCUGGUUUGAUACGUGUAAGGGAAUUUACAAUGGCAGAAAUCGAACAUUUCGUUGAUCCUGAAAACAAGAAACACCCCAAGUUCAAUUCCGUCAGAGACACUGAACUGAUCUUGUAUUCCGCCUGCAAUCAAAUGGACGGUAAAGCUGCCGAGAAGAAAACUAUCGGAAAGGCAGUGGAUGAGGGUUUGGUAGCCAAUAGUACACUCGGUUACUUCAUGGCCAGAAUACAAGCAUUCCUCAUCAGAUGUGGUGUAGAUCCAAAAAGAUUGCGGUUUAGACAACAUAUGAAUAAUGAAAUGGCUCAUUAUGCAUGUGAUUGCUGGGAUGCUGAAUGUCUGACAAGUUAUGGAUGGAUUGAAUGUGUUGGUUGUGCUGAUAGAUCCGCAUAUGAUCUCACUCAACACACUGCUGCCACCAAAGUGAAAUUAACAGCCGUAAGAAAUCAACCGUUCAGAGAUAUUAUUGAAUUUACUCCAAGUGUUAUAGAACCUUCAUUUGGAAUUGGAAGAAUUAUGUAUGCGAUAUUUGAACACAACUUCAAAAUGCGCGAAAACGAUGAACAACGUACUUAUUUCGCAUUGCCAGCUAUUGUGGCUCCAGUGAAAUGCAGUGUUCUACCAUUGAGUCGAAACGAUGAAUUCGAACCGUUCAUUAAAUUGUUAUCUGCUGCUCUCACAAAAGUUAAUGUCUCGCACAAGGUAGAUGACAGUUCUGGAUCUAUAGGACGAAGAUAUGCUAGGACAGAUGAAAUUGCUAUUCCUUACGGCAUAACAAUUGAUUUCGAUACACUCAAAGAACCACAUUCUGUAACAUUGAGGGAAAGAGAUUCUAUGAAUCAGAUACGAAUAUUGCUUGACGAAGUAGCUACUGUUGUUCACAACUUAUCAUUCAACAAAGAUAAUUGGGAAAAUGUUGUUAAGAUGUACUCAAAUGGACCUCAAGCGUUCGAAGUCACAGUAGAUAAAAAUUUGAUUGAAUCUAAACCCGAUAAUGUACCGAAAUUUGCCAGUUCUGCAUCAAACAAUUCAAUGGAUAAAAAUAAAUUGGAUGAUUUGUUAAAACAGAGAUUCUUUUAUAAUCCAUCGUUUGAGAUAUAUGAUGUUUUCAAUGGCAAAUAUGACUUUGGGCCUAUGGGUUGUGGCAUAAAAUCUAAUUUGCUAGAAAAUUGGAAGAAUCAUUUUGUUAUGGAAGAACAGAUGCUAGAAAUCGAUUCAUCUAUAUUAACACUCGAGCCAGUACUCAAAGCAUCUGGUCACGUGGAUGAAUUCAACGAUGUGAUGGUACAAGAUUUAGGGAACGACGAAUACUUCAGAGUGGACCAUUUGGUGAAACAAAGUCUUGAACAACUUUGUCUGAAUGAAAAAACAUCAUCAGAAACUAAAACUGAAUAUGAAGAUAUCAUUCGCAAGAUCCGAGGUAUGAACAGAGAAGAGAUAGCCAAUAUCUUGAAAAAACUCGACAUCAGGAGUCCCUCAACUGGCAACCAGCUCUCUGAACCGGUCGAAACUAAUCUGAUGUUUGCAACUCAGAUUGGACCAUCUGGAUUGAUUAAAGGAUUUUUACGUCCGGAAACAGCUCAAGGUAUCUUUGUAAAUUUCAAGAGAUUAUUAGAAUUCAAUCAAGGAAAACUUCCAUUUGCUGCAGCUCAGAUAGGCAAAGUAUUCCGUAAUGAAAUAUCUCCGAAAUCGGAGAUUCUGAGGGUUAAAGAAUUCACAACUGCAGAAAUUGUACAUUUUAUGGACCCUAUAGAAAAAGAACAUCCGAAGUUUGAUUCUAUCAAGAACACUGAAAUAAUAGUUUAUCCUAUUACUCAUCAAAAACAAGGAAAACCUGCUGAAAGUAAAAAAAUUGCAGAAGCAGUCGAAGAGGGUUUAGUUGCUAAUGGUACUAUUGGAUACUUUAUGGCACGAACCCAAAUAUUCCUCGUCAAAUGUGGAAUAAUUCCUGAGAGAUUGAGGUUCAGACAACACAUGGACAAUGAACGAGCUCAUUAUGCAACUGAUUGCUGGGUUGCAGAAUGCCUCACUAGUUAUGGUUGGAUUGAAUGUGUAGCCUGCACAGAUAGAUCCAAUUAUGAUCUUACCCAGCACAGUAAAGCUACGAGUGUAAAAUUGAGUGCAGAAAGGAGAUUGACCUCUCCAAAAGAAGUUAGUGUAACGGAAGCUGUUCCAAACAAAGGUAAAAUAGGAAAAACAUUCAAGAAGGAUGCAGCAUUUAUUCCAAAAGCCUUUGAAAAGAUGCAGCUUGAAGAAAUUGAAGAUCUUGACAAGAAAAUGAAUGAUGAGGGAAAAUACAUUCUAGAUAUAGAUGGCAAAAAAUUCACUUUGGAAAAGGACAUGGUUGAAGUGAAGAAGUAUCAACAAAUUAAACAUGUCGAGGAAUUCAUUCCUAGUGUUAUUAGUCUUUCCUUUGGUGUUGAAAGAUUGAUGUAUUCCAUAUUGGAACAAAAUUUUAAAGUACAUGAUAAAGAGCAAAACCACUACUUGUCACUUCCUACAAGUAUUGUGCCAAUUAAAUGUAGCAUUUUAUCCACUCGUAAAGAAUCUGAAUCACAUGAGUACAUUGAAUCUAUAACAUCUUCUUUGAGUAAACUGGAUAUUUCUCACAAAGUAGAGCACAGAGAUAUCUCUUUGGAAAAAUUGUUUCUCAAAACAGAUCAAAUUGCAAUACCCUACAGCAUACUCGUUGAUUCUGAUACUGCCAAAGUACCACACACUGUUAUUUUGAGAGAAAGAGAUUCCACUACCCAAAUCAGGAUUCCGAUUGAUGAUAUUGCAAGCGUCGUCCAGAAGUUACUGUCAAAUAAUGAUGAAUUUGAAAAUGUUAUUAAAAAAUAUUCGCUAUCGCUUAUGAAUGAAAUCUCAGCUUAAUACGAUACACAUAUGUUGAUACAGUGAACGAAAUAAAACAUAUAAUUGAUUGA